GGGUCUCAGAGGCAUCAUCAUAGCUUCAGUAAUCGUGCCUUGGUCGCAGACGACUCGUGUACAAAGCCAAGCUCGGUGCCUGACCAGAUUCGACGUGGCCAUCAAAAACAAAAGAAGACGGGCAAUUUUGUCUCAGCUGGGCUGACCGAGCUAUUCAUCGUCACACCUUUCUGAGCAGGCGUCACCUUUUCCUUUCUUCUUCCACACAAACUACAUCACCUAAGCUUCACAGCAAGAGUCCGACCACCAGCCAUUCACUAUGUUUGGCUUCGUAGCUGAUAUUCUCACCUCGGUGACAUCGAUCCUCUUUCCCAUCUUCGCAUCGUACAAGGCGCUGCGCAGCUCGGACCCAGCACAGCUAGCACCAUGGCUCAUGUACUGGACCACCCUCUCACUCGCCCUUGCUGCUGAGUCGUUCCUCUACCCUAUCCUCAGCUGGGUACCCUUCUACUCCUGGAUCCGUCUCGGCGCUCACCUCUACCUUGUACUGCCCGGCCAGCAAGGCAGUGUCUUUGUCUAUCAAAACUACAUCCAUCCCUUCCUCUACGAGCACGAGCGCGAAAUCGACCGCUUCAUCACAAGCAGUCAUGAAAAAGCAAAGUCAGCCGGUCUGCAAUACCUCAAGCAGGGCAUCGAGUGGGUCAAGGUCAACCUCCUCGGCAUGCAACCUCGUCGUCCCACUCCUCCCGCCAGCCGACAAGUCAGCUACAGCCAAGCUCUGUACAACCGCUUCGUCAUGCCCUCUGCUCGUCCCGAGGGUUACAGCGGCCCUGGAUCUUCGCAAUCUGCCCCCGGUGCCAACGAUCUAUUCUCCAUGCUCGGCAGUGUGAUGGCUCAAGCUGCUGGUCCUGGCGGCGCAACCCGCUCUCGCGAUGCACAAGCCGAAGACCUCAGCGCCAGUGGUAAUCUUGUACCUCCACACAUGUCCGGCGACGAACGCAACGCCUACAUCUCCACACAAAAGGACCGUCUACGCACUCUGCUCCAAGCCUUUGACCAUGAAGCUUCUCGUGAACACACUCCUGUCAACCCUCCCUACCCCACAAAUGAUGGCCCUGGUCCCAAACUCCAGGACUACCUGAGACCUGCCGCUGAAGGCUUGCUCAAUAGAAGUAGAAGCGAGACUGAAUUCGAGGAUCUGGGUUACGAGCAUGUGCCUACGGGAGGUAACAAGCCUAGCCCCAGACUGCCCGAACGAAGCGCUAGUUGGAGCAAAUGGGUCUGGGGUAACUACGGCGAGAAGGAUUCUGCUGCUGGACAGAAGAAGAAUGAUUGAUCCUUCCUUCUCGGCUGAUAGGGUUGGAUGAACGGGUGUUUUUUGUUGGGUACUCGUUUUUCGGGGAUGGGACUGGGUGGAAUGGUUGGGACAGGUAUUCAUCUUGAUUAUCUCUGUGGAAUUCUAGGUUUCUUUGCUUUAUUUGCUCUCCUACAUGACAUAUUACAAUCACCACACAAUCAUUUAAAAACUUGAAUCUGAAUCUGUGACAUUU